AGAAAAGGAGCACUUCUUGGCGCGUUCUCGGAAAGGAGAGAUGUUCCUAAUCGGGUCACACAACUCAGGACAGUCCAGCCACACACAACAGCCACAAGACCUUGGCCCGUGCGAUACGCGAUGCGCGUCGUGAUAGGUACUUGAAAACGUAUGUUUCCCAAUUUCAAAUUCAUAAAAGCAUUUGUCCGAACACAUCCGAUAUUGGCAGAACCAACUGCCACAUGUUUUUCAGCGGAUCUAGUUCUCAUCAAAUGACAUGGGGCAUCACAACCACCACUUCGCCGGUGAUCGCCACGCACUGAGUGGGGUAUGGAGCCCUCCAACAAGCAGCGCAAAUUUCUGCGAGGAAGACUAUGCCGUGACUAGAUAUUUCGCCGAGUUCAUCAACACUCUGACAAACCUAGCUUAUGUACUCUUCGCUCUUCAAUACAUGUACGGCCCUGGAAGCCGUGGUCUCCUUUCGCCAAAGACCGACUUCAUGUCUGUUUCUCUGCUUGUUCUCGGAAUUGCCUCAUUUCUGUUCCACGCAACUCUCCGGCACGGUUUUCAGUUUGGAGAUGAGCUUGCAAUGCUCGGACUUGUUUGGUCCAUACUGCAGGGAUCUCUUGUAGUUCGGCGUUCAUCCGUUUACGAUCGAUUCGUCAAUAUCUGUCUAGCCACAGUCUUCCCCCUCUUCGGGGCGUUUUAUGUCUGGACGGGAAAGAUCAUCUAUCACGUAAUAGGAUUCGCUAUUGCAAUCGGCCUGAUAAUUUUACGAGGCAUCUACUUGUUCUACUUGCGGAAACCUGCAUUUCCGCAAGACAAGGUCGCAGAGUGGAGAGUUCGAGGUCGGAUAGCUCUGAUCUUGAUGGGUGUCGCCUACAUUCUCUGGAAUAUAGACCUGGAGUUCUGCGCAGAGCUAAGGAAACUCCGAGAAGAUAUCGGGUUGCCUUGGGCUUGGCUCUUAGAAUUCCAUGGAUGGUGGCAUAUCUUGACAGCUAUGAGUGCGGCCCGCGUCAUGGAUAUUGUGAGAGAAGUCCGAAAACGAGUGAAAGAGGACACGGAGGAAUAGACGAAUUUAACUAAGCCCUAGAGUCAACCGAAGAGCAGUAACAGUACUAGAUGACGCUAUAAGCUCGUAAACACAAAAAUUGACAA